AUGGAUGAUUUAUUGUCCUGGAGUGUUUCCUUGAAAACUAAUUCAACGAUGAUUAACAGCAAUGAAUCUCUAGGACCAAGUCCUCAUAACAUCUCCUCGGACCAAGGACAAGCUGGUGGUCCACCACGGUAUAACAGACAGCUGCGGGUCAUCACGUUGGCUGUCAUCUUUGCUGUGUCGCUGGUGGGGAAUUCGGUGGUCCUCUACAAGAUCUGUAGCGGCAAAGACAAGAAGAGGAAGAUUAACUUUCUCAUUACCCACCUAGCCCUGGCAGAUCUUUAUGUGUCAGUCAUGACCCUCUUCUCUCAGAUGGUCUGGGAGCUGAUGGAGGAUGAAUGGCUAAUAGGAGAUGUAGCUUGUCGGAUCUUCAAGGUGUUCCAGGUCUCCGGACUCAUUGCAUCUUCAAAUAUUAUUGCAAUAGUUGCCAUAGAGAGACAUCAUGUAAUUAUGAACCCUCUGAGCACCCCAUUGCCCACAAGAUGUUUUGCAGUUUUGGGCUGGCUGCUCUCUCUUCUUCUCUCCAUCCCACAGGCUUUUGUCUUCAAGUUAAGUUACACAGAGAAGGGUUACAGGUGUCAAAAUGUUUUUGGAAAGCUACCUAAAUGGCACUUCCAAGCCUAUAUCAUAUACAGCUCUGUUAAUGUAUUUUUCUUGCCCUUGUGCGUAUUGACUGUGGCUUACAGUCGCAUCUUGUGGGUCAUCUUGAGAAAGAGCAAUGCACCUAAGAAUCCUAAACACCAGAAUGGCCAAUGCGGGCUCCGGGACAGUCAUUCUCAAACCUCUAAAAAACCUCUACGACCUGUGGCAAUAAACAGCUGUAUUCCCAGGGCUAAAGUGAAGACCCUAAAAAUGACUCUGGUCAUCAUUAUCCUCUUCAUAGUUUGUGGAUUACCUUACUUCAUUGUAGAAAUGAAGGUUGCCUUUGGUACCAUCACGGGACUUGAUGAGGAAGUCAUAGCUGUGUUGGGGAUCUUUGUGGUGACCAAUAGUGCUGUCAAUCCUUAUGUUUACCUCUUUUUCAGAACCAACAAUAUGUUCCUUAGGAGACUGGAAAAGAAGGUUUGCUUUUCCUGCUGCCUGCAUGAGUACAAGGAGAUCACCUUCCGCAGAGAACUAUUUCCUUCUUGUGCACCUACCCCCAGAAGAGAGCCCUCCUGCACAACAACAUCUGAGGUGGAACCAUCAUCUGUGUUACAUCGGUCUGUAUCCUUAUUGCAAACAAGGAUCCUAGACAAGGAGCCAAGUUGCCUACAUGAUAGCUGCAUGUGA